AUGUCCGUUUGUCCAUUUGUCCAAACGACUUCAACUCAAGCAUUGCGCCAGAUCAGCAAAAACUCCGGCGCAUUGGCCCAGCGCGCUCGCCAAUGCCCGUUCAUGAGUGGAGCCAUUCAGCAGCAGGAGUCAGCAAGAUUCUACUCGCAAGCUACCAAGCCAAGACGCGCUAGUGCCAGUCCAAAUCAACCUAGCUCGUUUUCGUCUCCUUACCGCUUUGACGCUGAAAAGUUGACCGAGCCUCAAGUCACUUUGGGAAGCAAGGAAACGGCAUUUGACUUUGACGGUUUUUUGAACCAUGACUUGAACAAGAAGCGCAGCGACAAGUCGUACCGUUACUUCAACAACAUCAACCGUUUGGCGCACGAUUUUCCAAAAGCCCACCGCACUCAGGAGGAGGACAAGGUUACCGUUUGGUGCUCAAACGACUAUCUCGGCAUGGGAAGAAACGAGGCCACCUUGAACGAGAUGAAGAGAAUCUUGGACAAGUACGGCUCUGGUGCUGGCGGCACGAGAAACAUUGCCGGUCACAAUGCCCACGCCAUCAAGUUGGAGUCGGAGUUGGCCGCGUUGCACAAGCAUGAAGCAGCGUUGGUUUUCAGUUCUUGUUUUGUUGCCAACGACGCUGUCUUGUCCCUUUUUGGCCAAAAGGUGAAGGACUUGGUGAUCUUUUCAGAUGAGUUGAACCAUGCCUCGAUGAUUCAAGGUAUCAGAAACUCCCGUGCCCAGAAGCAGAUCUUCAAGCACAAUGAUUUGGUUGAUUUGGAAACCAAGUUGGCCAAAUACCCGAAAUCGACUCCCAAGUUGAUUGCAUUUGAGUCCGUCUACUCCAUGUGUGGAUCGGUUGCGCCAAUUGAAGCCAUUUGCGACUUGGCCGAGAAAUAUGGUGCCGUUACAUUUUUGGACGAAGUCCACGCCGUGGGAAUGUACGGUCCUCACGGGGCAGGUGUUGCUGAGCAUUUGAACUUUGCCGCGCAUUUGAAGCUGGGAAUCAACAAUCCCGAGAUCAAAACUGUCAUGAGCAGAGUCGAUAUGGUCACGGGCACUCUUGGCAAAGCCUAUGGCUGUGUUGGUGGUUACAUCACCGGUAAGGCCAACUUGAUUGACUGGUUUAGAUCAUACGCGCCCGGCUUCAUUUUCACGACAACCUUGCCACCGGCAAUCAUGGCCGGUGCGGCAACAUCGAUCCGUUACCAAAGAGCCACCUUGCAAGAUCGUAUUGCUCAGCAGAAAAACACAAGAUACGUUAAGGACAAUAUGAACCAGUUGGGCUUGCCAGUUAUCCCUAACCCGUCCCAUAUUGUCCCUGUUUUGGUUGGUAACGCUGCUGAUGCCAAAAAGGCAUCCGAUUUAUUGUUGAACAAGCAUGACAUUUACGUCCAAGCCAUCAAUUUCCCCACUGUUCCCAUUGGCGAGGAAAGAUUGAGAAUCACCCCUACGCCAGGCCACGGCGCGGAGAUUGCUGACCACUUGAUUGAAGCAGUCGACUCGGUGUUCAACGAGUUGAACUUGAAGAGAAUCGAUGACUGGGCAAACUUGGGAGGCUUGUGCGGUGUUGGCGAAGAAAACUCUUCUGAGAUCCAACACUUGUGGUCCGACGAGCAAUUGUCUUUGACGGAUGACAAGUUGAACCCAAAUGUGCUCAAUCCAGUGAUUAGCCCUAUUGGCGUUUCCUCCGGUGUUGGAAUGUGA